CUCCGGAUAUCCCCAUCCUUCUCUUUCACUCCAAACAAUGCACGGAAUGCUUCCCCGCUUCUGACCUGUCUACCACCUCCACACCCAACCCCCCCCCUCCUCCCUUCCCCGGUCAUCUGAAACCGCCCCGUUUCAGAGGCAACGACGCAUUGGCACAGAAGAUCCCCGGUGCAUUAUUGGCGUGCGGGUGAGGGACACAGCCACCGACCUUGCUCGUUGGCGCUUCCCGCCUGCCCACCAACGUGCAUCCUUCCUCGGGUCUUUUGCCCCUAUGUCCUCGAAAAAGAUGCUGGACGCGGAUAAUUGAACCCAGUGCCGUCUGCAUUUGUUCCAUCAAAUGUAGACCCUCGUGGGUGAUAUCUACAAUCGACCAUGGAGGAGGAUGUCCGGUUGCCCAACGCGGAGCGGCUUGGCGGCCCUCAUCCCGAUCCCCAGCACGGCUCCCUCAAACUGCACCAGGAGCUCUCCAAGAGCACGCCGCUGCACCGCGCAGACCAGGCCUCUUCGCCCUUCACCCGUUUGCCCCGUACGGUGAUCGAGCAUAUCCUAUAUGUCGCGGAUGCAAACAGCUUUGCGUCGCUGGCCCUGCUGAACCGGAAAUGGCGACGUAUCUCCGACUCAACCCUCUUGUAUGCUCACCACCUGUCACAAUGCCCGUCCUUUGCCUUGACGCAGAAAGCCACCGAGGAGCCGGCGCACGCCGGCGAUCUUGCGCUGCUCAAACAGCAAUUUGGCGCCCAAGUUAGGCGGAAUGCGUUUGAUGCAUUCCUCCGGCCUCGCAAGACGCUGAUCAAGCUCACCUCGACGUCCAUGAGCUCUUCGACAGCCUUUCCACGGGGUGAAGCCUUUCGCUUUUCUUUCUCUCCAAAUGCGCAGCUCAUCCUGUGCAUCAGCUCCUCCAGAAUCGUUGUUCUUGACAUAACCUCAGAUCCCGCGGCCGUGAAGCACGAGCUCAAAACAUGGCGACGCCCAUUGCAUGCUGCGAUUGUCGAUGACGGCUCGCUUCUCGCUGUGGUGUCCUCCAGUCAUCGGGUCAACAUCUACCACCUGACCAACGACGAAGCAAGACACAUUCAAGACCUGACUCUGAACGAUAUUCCUCGGACCCUCGCGCUCUCUCCGACCGGGGGCGUCCUCGCCAUUGCGUACGAUGAUCGAGUCGAAGUAUACGCCAUCGGUGAAGAGGUGCUGGCCACAGAACGAAGAGCUGUGCGCUGCUCCGGGGUUGACUCGGUGUCGUUCUCCUCUGACGGUGUCAUGCUACUAGGGACUUCCGCUGAUCGCGGCAAUGGCGGUCUGGUUACUAUAACAGUGCCCUUUUAUACCGAAUCGGAAGCCGAGUACUCCCCGAGAGAUGCGCAGAUCCGGAUGUGGACGACACAGAUCCUGUUUCCAGACGUCACAACCGGAUUCAGUCACGCAUGUCUGCUUCCUCUGCACGCAGAAGGAGAAGGUAGCUGGAUACUAGGGUUUGACGAACAGAUGGCCACGUUCAGAGCAUUUGGGGUUCAUAAUACAAACUCGGGCACCACGUAUUUCGUGACUCCGAUGUCUGAUGACGGAUCUCGGGAGUCUUCCCCAAUCAUGCUACCGACCGUUGACGAUCAGGGCGAGCUGGUCGCAUUGGGGUUCGAGAAUUCUGGCCUCUGGGUGUAUGGAGUGCCUGAUCGUCUGGAUAUCGCCCCUGUAGCGCCUAGUGCAAGGUCAUAUUUUGGGAUGGAGGUGGAGCAGGGCCCUCUAAUCGUGGAAGCGACGGCUGCUCGUGACAGUUUAUCUCGGUUACAGCAGUCUGUCACGAAGCCAAAGGUCCUCAUCAAUGGCCAUAGGAUGAGCGAUAUGCCUGGGAUGACAGCGGCCCGCUGGGUACGCCAUCCAAGCUGUAUGGCUGACCAUCGUAGAUUGGUAGCCGUUGCUCCUGGUGGCAUAAGCCCUCCAACCAUUGGCGAAGAAGACGUUCCAGUGGAUGGCGGACGGGUCCUUCUAUUGGACUUUACACGAUCCGCUAGGAAUGGGGAUUUGACUGAACUGAACAUCGAGAUCGGCGAUGCGGAGCCGAAGAUGCUGAGCGAGCCAAACUCUAGCCUGGACACUGAGGUUGAGUUGGAAAGGAGAAGGACGCGGUUGCAUCGAGGGAAUGCUGCUUCGCCGCGGGCGAGGGCAUUUGCGAGGGAGUCAUAUCCAUCAGCCAACACGGCCAGCUACGCUCCUCGGCCAAAUGUCCGCAGAAAUAGCUCCUUCUUUUCGGGUUCUUCAAACGGUGACAUCCAACAUAUCCCGGAAUCACCAUACGAUAACACGCAACCACGAUCUCGGGACACGCUGCGUCGUGCAGCCACCGCUGCGGCUACGGGCCGUGGGCGCUACAACCCCCGGUACCAAGAUGAAGCACGCCCCGUGCAAGAUCAGAGGCCGGUCCAGGCUUUCCAGGUUCCCCAUGAAAGCGAUGCCGAUAAUUGGGUUCCACCUCCACCUCCUUACUCUAGCGUGCCCGACGCACCUCUUCCCGAUUAUCUCCGAAGGACCCUCCUCCCUUCGAAUACAGAACCUGUCCAUAGAGUCGGCGAUGCUCCAACAGAUGUUCGAAGACCCCAGACGAGCCGCUUAGAACGCAUGGUGGACGAGACUCUACCUCGAACUUCGUUGCAAAGACUGCAUACCAUUACCGGGUCGCGGCUUGCUUCUCGCAUGAGAAGGAGCAUGAGAGACUCCGAGUCCGAACCCUCUGAACAUAACCGGAGGCAUACCACGUUCUUUCGCAGAAGAGGCUCUGCCACGGGCUCUCCACCCAAUCUCCAAGAGCCCAACGGAUUGCAGAUGCCUUUGCCAGAACAGCAUCCUUCUGUCAGCUCCCAGAGCCAACCGCAGCCUCUCAACGGCUCCACGCAGCCGAAUCAAACCCAGUCCGCCCAACGGACUAAUCAUCAGGACGUCUUACUUGAGGAAUCAGUAGACUGGCAGGAGUCUAUACCAGCGAACCAACACGUGACAUUCAACCUAGACAAUUACCCGUACUCCAUUUCCUCGCCCAAUCUCCAGGUCUCCGCUUUCCAAUAUGACGCUCCCGAAGCCGUGCAGGGUAGUCAGCACCGCCCCAAUUACCACCGGACGAUAGACCGGCGCUCCCAAUCUCAGGAUGUCCGACUCCCACCCGGGGGGAUUCCACCUUUGAACCGCCGGGCAUCGACAGACCCAACUCUGUCUACCAGCUCACAAGUGGCUGCGCACGAGCUGUGGCGUCGACGCAUCGAAGAAUGGAACGAACAAACCAUCUACGAAAGAAGCAAACGCAGAAGCAAAUGUAUAGUGAUGUAGGAGGAGUGUGGUUAGCAGGCAUGGAUUAGAUUGUUCAGGCUCUGGCUUUGGAUCUUUUUGUGGUACACGUUAGCUUAUAUACCCGAGUGGACAUACAUAGGCUUUGUAGAGCUGUGCAUAAGGUGAUUUCUAAUUUCUUUCCGCUCCAGUUUAGGAGUCUGUGGCACAACCUAAAUCUACGAACCUACUUCAAUCUCC